AUGGAUCAUCUUUCGUUCGCUCCGUUGUUAACUCAUUCAAGAGUGGCUCGCUUCUUCUACUGCUUCCACCGCCACACCUACUGCUACAGCUGCCCCUACUGCAGCUCCAACUGCAGCUCCAACUGCAGCACCAACUGCAGCUCCUACUGCAGCACCAACUGCAGCUCCAACUGCAGCUCCAACUGCAGCUCCAACUGCAGCACCAACUGCAGCUCCUACUGCAGCUCCAACUGCAGCACCAACUGCAGCUCCAACUGCAGCACCAACUGCAGCUCCAACUGCAGCUCCAACUGCAGCACCAACUGCAGCUCCAACUGCAGCUCCCACUGCAGCACCCACUGCAGCACCCACUGCAGCACCAACUGCAGGGCCAACUGCAGUACCAACUGCAGCACCAACUGCAGCACCAACUGCAGCUCCAACUGCAGCUCCAACUGCAGCACCAACUGCAGCUCCAACUGCAGCUCCCACUGCAGCACCCACUGCAGCACCCACUGCAGCACCAACUGCAGGGCCAACUGCAGUACCAACUGCAGCACCAACUGCAGCUCCAACUGCAGCACCAACUGCAGCUCCAACUGCAGCUCCAACUGCAGCUCCAACUGCAGCUCCCACUGCAGCUCCAACUGCAGCACCAACUGCAGCUCCUACUGCAGCUCCAACUGCAGCUCCAACUGCAGCUCCCACUGCAGCUCCAACUGCAGCACCAACUGCAGCUCCUACUAAAGCUCCCACUGCAGCUCCUACUACUGCCACAACAACAGCUUCUACUGAUCCUCCUACAUCCAGUGAGGGAACUCUUGGCCUUCAGUUCAGUCUCAACCAAACAUUUACAUCAGACCUCUCAGACUCAUCAUCAACUGCGUACAAGACUUUGGCUGUAACAGUGAUCAGUGAGGUAAAAAAAGCGGCUCAAAAACUCUAUGGAUCAUCUUUCCUUCGCAGCAUUAUUAACAAAUUCACGCAAGGAUCAGUGAAAGUUGACAUGACCCUUGUGUUCA